UUCACAUCCUCCAUUAUUCUCUCACAUAUAUACAUACUCCAAACCGAAGCAAACAAAAGAAAAAUCAGGGCAACCCAACCUCCAUUAUUUCGCCCACUCCAUCCAAAAACUCAACUACUUUUACGUUUCUUGAUUUCACGUUAACCAUGCCGGGACCCCAUCUGAACGGAGCAUAUUACGGCCCAUCAAUUCCGCCGCCGUCAAAAACCUACCACCGCCCAGGCCACGGCGGCGGGUGCUGCUGCAACCCAUUCAGCUGCUGCUGCGGCUGUCUCUUCAACUGCAUCUGCACUUGCAUCUUCCAGAUACUCUGCACUCUUUUGGUCAUUGUUGGUGUCGUAGCCUUUGUCCUCUGGUUUAUCCUCAGACCCAACAAAGUCAAUUUCCACGUCGCUGACGCCUCACUUACCCAAUUCGAUCUCUCCACAAAAAACAGUACCCUUUACUACGAUCUUGCUCUCAAUGUCUCCAUCAGAAACACCAAUAAACGAAUUGGGAUUUACUAUGAUUCCAUUGAAGCUAGGGCUUUGUUUCUUGGCCGGAAUUUCUCCAGUACAAAUCUUGAACCGUUUUAUCAGGGUCACAAGAAUACUACAGAUCUGAAAAUAGUGUUCAAGGGUCAGAAUUUGAUUAUGCUAGGGGAUAAAGAGAAAUCUGAUUACAAUGGGGAGAAGGAUUCUGGGGUUUAUGCGAUUGGAGUGAAGCUUUACAUGCGGAUUAGGCUCAAGUUUGGGUGGAUCAAAACCAAGAAAAUUAAGCCGAUUAUUAUGUGUGAUUUGAAGGUUCCUUUCAAGUCUAAUGGUACAACAUCUUCUGGUACCACUUUUGAGAGAACCCAAUGCCAUCUUGAUUGGUGAUCUUACUUCUACUUUGGUAGUCUUCUUGAUCUUGGAGUUUAUUUCUUUUAUUUUUUUAAGUGUUUUAUCUCUCGAUAUUCUUUGGAUAUUAGGGGAUAUAUUUGAAAUUGGGCUAUUUUCCCUUUUUUUAGUAUCGUUUUUGGACUAUUGAAAUACUAUUCAUCCACAGACAAUGGUAUGAUCUUACUUUUUG